AGAGACAAGGGGGAACGGGGUGUGCUCAGCUGGGUGGAAAUGAGAGGGAAAACUAACAUUCUCCAUCACGUACCCUCCCAUACCUUUCCCCACCGGUUUCAACUCCUUAAAAGCUGCUGCCAGUGGUGUCUGACAGCCUCAUUAUCACUUUGUCUCAGCUCGAGGGAUUUACUCUCCACCUUUUGGCACACAGGCAAACUGCAGUCAGUGGGACUAAACUAGGAAUCAGAAAUCCUCAAUCAACAAGUCCGUUGUAGGAGACUGGACUUUUUUAUUAGUGGACAGCUUUCAGUGUGAGAUGCUUCUGUGUUUAACCCUCCUGGUGCUGCUCCACCUGCAGCCGGCUCUGUCCAGCCCGCUGACCACACCGUCCAGAGGAUGUCCCACCUGUAAUUCCACACAGAGCCAGCCGGCUGUAGAUGUAAACGCCACCGCUCCGGGCAUUGGAGAACCAUGUGGGGUCUACACUCUGAGCUGCGCCAACGGUCUACGUUGUGCACCUUCAGAGGAUGAGCUGAGGCCCCUCCGGGCCCUCAUUGAAGGCAGGGGGGUCUGCAGUAACGCCAGCGUCAGCCCGACUGAAAUCGUCCAAACUGUAGACCCGGCAACUACUGAGGAUCCAGAUGAGGCUCCAUGUCGUAAACUGCUAACUACUCUCAUCGAAGGUCUUGAUGCCCAUUUAUUUAAGUCACAUCAGGAUAUCUACAUGCCCAACUGUGACAAGCGUGGCUUCUUCAGAAAGAAGCAGUGCUGGUCGUCUCGAGGUAAGCGGCGUGGCAAGUGCUGGUGUGUGGAUCAGAACGGCAUGCCAGUCUCCUCAAACACUAAGCAGAAGGGCGGCCUGAGUUGUUGAAAUGGACUGAAGCAGAGGAGGCUGAAGCUUCAUACGAGAUUAAAGAUGAAGGAACGUCAAUACAGAGUCUAAAGGAGCUCAACAUAGUCUCACAUUUCAUUCUCCAGUAGCCACAAGCAGCUCUCCUCCAAUGAAAAGCUGUUCCCACAAUCAGGUGUACCGUUGUCUCCUUGCGCCCUCUACUGAACAUAUCAGGACUGUAUUGAUUAGACUUUCAUAUCGACUUAUAUGAGAUGUACACUAUAUCAAAUAUAUAGUAACAAGUGUCACGUUGUACAUAAGUUGCAGAAACUGCACCCACAGUUUGAGCUACACAUAUUCAAGUUCAUCUUCAUGUUUCAACAUUUUAACUCCACUAAUAUUUCAAGCCAUCAUCCAAGAUCAGGAGCAAUAUGGAUUAUUGUAUCAUAUUUAUACGUAUAUUUUCUGUAUUUUUUUUUUUUACUUUGAAACCACUAUAAUUGCUGUACAUAAUCUCGAGAUGUAAUCCUAUUUAUGUUACUUUGAAUAUUCUAUUUAUGUUAUCAUUGCUCGUCAUUUGAAUAAUUUAUCAGUGGUUGCCCAUUAGAGCAGACACCUGAGGUAUUAUUUUAAAAACCUGAACUUCUAAUGCAGAAUCAGAUGGGGGCAUUAUUAUUAUUAUUAUUAUUAUUAUUAUUAUUAUUAUUAUUAUUAUCAUUAUUAUUAUUAUUAUUAUUAUUUGUGGCAUUCAUGAAGAAAACGUGACUCUUGAACAAUAAGAGGAGGCGUGUUUCAGAAAGGUUAAAACUGACACUGACAGGCAAUAUUGUAAACACAAGAGACUUUAUGGAUGCUUUGUGUAUUUUGUGCAUUAAAACGAAAAAAAAAACAUUUGUUACCUUUUUCUAAUAAAAAUGACUGUUAAAGAA